AUGAUGGACGUCAGAUCUGAACUGCUUUUCUUUUUCAUCUGCUUCACAGGCAUUUAUGGUCAGACUCUGACAGAAUCUGAACCAGUGGUUAAAAGACCAGGAGAAUCCCACAAAUUAACCUGUACAGCAUCUGGAUUCACAUUCAGCAGCUACUGGAUGGCCUGGAUCAGACAGGCUCCUGGAAAAGGACUGGAAUGGGUUGCUUAUAUUGAUGGUGGUGGCAGCACAUAUUAUUCUCAGUCAGUCCAAGGCAGGUUUACCAUCUCCAGAGACAAUGGCAGAGAUCAGCUGUAUCUGCAAAUGAAUAGUCUGAAAACAGAAGACUCUGCUGUUUAUUACUGUGCUCGAGAGUCACAGGUAGGAGGAGUCAAUGUAAAACCUUUAGAACAACAAACACACUGGAUCAUGAUGGAGCACAGAUCAGCACUGCUCAUUUUAAUCGUCUGUUUUAUGGGUAUUGAUGGUCAGACUCUGACAGAGUCUGAAUCAGUGGUUACAAGACCAGGAGAAUCCCACAAAUUAACCUGUACAGCCUCUGGAUUCACAUUCAGCAACCACUGGAUUACCUGGAUCAGACGGGAUCCUGGAAAAGGACCGGAGUGGGUUGCUUCUGUCACUACUGGUAGUGGCACAUACUACUCUCAGUCAGUUCAAGGCCGGUUUACCAUCUCUAGAGACAACAGCAAGCAGCAGGUCUAUCUGCAGAUGAACAGUCUGAACACAGAGGAUUCUGCUGUUUAUUACUGUGCUCGAGUCUCACUGUGAUUGAAGUCGGUUCAGCAGC